AUGGAUUUGAACAAAUUAGCUGAGAAAGGGAAGAAAGGAAUAAUCCCCAAAACAUGGGAACGAUGCAAAUCUUUUGGUCGAAAAAAUUCAUCAGAAAAUAAUCGACAUGCCCUAACGACAAAACGUAGCAGAAAAAGAUUUCGAGUGGCUACACAAGGUUGUUUCUCGGUCUAUGUCGGACAAGAGAAACAAAGAUUUGUUAUUAGGACUGAGUAUGUGAAUCAUCCCCUUUUCAAGAUGUUGCUUGAAGAAGCUGAAUCAGAGUUUGGUUACAACAGUAAAGGUCCAUUGGUCUUGCCUUGUGAUGUUGAUUAUUUUCUCAAAUUUUUGAUGGAAGUGGACUCUAAUGAUGAGAUAUUUGGUCAUCAUCGUAAUGGUUGCAGCUUUGCUAGGAGUUAUAGCUCCUCCUAUCACAUGACUCCAACAAUGUUUGUUGUCAUGAAUAAACAUUAA